GACACACGUAUUUCCAGUAUUCAUAGAGCAGAGUGGCAGAGCGGAGUCAGCAGAUUGUUGAGAAGAAUAAACAGCUAAAACCUUGUUCAAUUUUUCCUGCUGCCUGGACUUUUCGAACUGGUUUACCAGAGAGACAGCGAGAAUUCAAGAUCUAACAAGUUUGAGUACCGUUCGGAUACUCCGAAUUUACCCUCCCAGCUCUGCAUGUACCUGUGUGAAGGAGAUUUACCCCAAGGCUGUAAUACCUGAUCUUACAGAUCUUCAUAGGCUCCAUCACAGACAAUGGUAGCAUGCAUGGGAUAUCAACCAGACAAGUCCUGUAAAAGUGCAAAAUGCUUGUGGUAGGAUGGAUGGAAGAAGAAGGUAUGAUGGACAACACCAUCCUGGAAGGGAUCAUGAUGUCAAUCAUCAAUUCCAUCAUGGACACUUGGCUUACAAUGACCAGAUGAUGGACAGAGAAAGCUAUGAACACUUUAUGAGGAGAACUUCCCAACCAUCAUCAAGGUAUCAUGGUGGGAUGCCAUACUAUGGAAACCAGGGUGUUCAAGGGUCACCUUAUUCAAAUUGGCAAGGUCAGACAAGGGGUCGAUCCCACGCACAGAAUACAUAUCAUCCUCAGGUACUUCCUAAUUGCUAUGGCCAAACUAACUUUCCAAGUGGACAAACUGCUGGACAGUUCUCACAUUUUGGAUAUGAGGGAUUUGGGAAUGCUGCUGAUGGGAUUCCUAUGCAUGCAAGGCAUUCAUUGCCAAGUGGUUUCGGUGCUAAUGAUAGCAGGCAGGGCUUCUGGAAUAAUGAAACGUAUGGUGGUUCAAGUCGGGCAAGAAUUUAUGAGUCCAGAGGCUACCCGCCACCCUAUGAUCCAUCUGGAGGCAACGCAGGACUUGCCUCUUCACAAGUUCAUCAAGGAAUCGAAAGCAGCAUCAAUGCUACAGACUUGGCUGUGACUUUCAAUGAUAGAAGUAUUAGGAAUCCACACUAUACUGAAUCCCACAAAGGUAACCCACCUUUGGAUGCUGGUUGUGUAACAUCGGGAUAUCAAUUGCAAUUAGAAAGUAGCAAGUCAGAUGUACCCAUACCGUCUGUAUCUUCACAAAGUUAUUCUUUAGGUGCUCAGCUAUCGAAUCUUGGAUCUCCUGACAAUGUUCCUUUGCCGUAUUCAUCAAGAAAUAACACUGGUGGAAAGAGUCCCUUACCUUGCUUUGACAAUCAGGAGCAUGUUACUGCUGAUAAUUGUUGGAUGCAUUACCAAACAAAAAAUGUUCCUGACAGUGGAGGGAAGAGGACAGAAUCCCAUUGUCCUAGCAAGCAUUCAUCAUCUACACCAUCAUUGCAAGGGAGUGGCAAAUGUUUUGGUGAUGACGCUCAUGAUCAACUGGAGGGUCCUGUUGAUCAGGAUUCUCUCAAUGUGAAAAGAAAGGAGCCAUCUUCUACCAGUCACAAAUCUUCAGACCAUCCUGUAAAGAUUCCACAAGCAGAAUUAAAGAAUGAUAAUGUCUCCACUGAUACAAAACACUUCAAGGAAAGAAUUGUUGAAUCUGAGAAAAUGCUAAUUUCAAGUGAAGGUGAAAAUGAGACGAAAUUGGAAACCCAUGAGUAUGUGACCAAGAAUUUUCCUGAAAUUGCUGAACAUAAGGAAAGUGACCCACCAGUAUCUUUGCUGCAUGAUCAUAAAGAUUGCAGUGCACUAUUAGAAGAUACAAGGCAUGAAGUUCAGAUCUGUGAGGAGGCUUGCUCACGGCAAGAAAAACAUGUAACACCCACAGAGAUUUGUGAUGAUCGUCAUGAUGCAAAAGAAGGAAAUGUACCAAAGAAGACUCCUACAAAAUCAGUUCGAGCAACAGUAGAUCUGAGUGCUUCGGAACUUGGCUGCAGCACUUUGGUUCAAUUCGAGGGUGGUACAUGCACGUAUAUCAAAGGAGAGCCUACAGGUCAAAAAGGCGAAGGAACAUUCUACUGUUAUGGUCAGCAGGAUGAUGAUACAGAACCAGAGCCAAGAGUAGGGUCCCCUCAAGAGAAACGUCCUCCAGCAAUACAAGAAUAUAAAGAUUUGACAAUAGCCACAACAAACCCACAAAGUAGUCAAUACCAUCUUCAUCAUGAUGACAUCUCUAUGGGAAAGCUCCAAACGAUGCCCGAAGUGAAGUGUCGGCUAAGAGAAGGAGAUGGCAAUGGUCAAAGUCCAAAGGAACUUGAGUGUGUCUUAGAUGCUCCAAGACAUUUUGCAGUUCCUUUGGCUAUUCGAGAACAUAGCACAGUGAUGGAUUGCAACAAUGAUUUUGAUGCCUUGCCAGUUGAAGCAGAAUACCAGGAAUUCAUCAAUUCUUCAAAAUUCAACACAAGACAUGGCCCUAAUGAUGAUGUAAUGUUUGAUAGAUGCCCCUCAUGCUGUGAACUGGUAGCCUGUGAUGACAUGGUAGAACAUUCAUUUAAAUGCAAGGUAUCAAAACCAGACCCGGGUGAAGCUCCAGGCAACCUCCCUGUCGACCUAAAACCACCAAAUGACGAUGAAGCAGCUAUGAACUGUCCAGAAUGUGGAGUUGGCUUCCAAACAACAGACGACCUGGUCAUCCAUCUGCGCAUUCAUGAGAUGUUGGCUAAGAAUGCCAAGAAAAUUCAGGAAGCAGACCAAAUGAUGUUGAUGACUGAGGAGAUGGAGAAACAAAUGACAGAGAUGGCUGCAGACAUCUCUGAACAACAACCUGAAGAAUGUGAUGUGUGCUACGAGGUCUUCACUGAUCCUACAAUGAUUCCGUAUCACAAGAUGAUGCACCAGCAGUUUCCCUUCCAUUGCAGGAAAUGCAACCUCUUCUUCAGCACCCUUACGGAACUGUACAAGUCCCGUUGCGCCGACCAGAAGCGCCACAAGGUCUUCAAGUACAGGUGUGAGAGGUGCAAGGGUGUCCUCCUGGACUCGUAUAAGAUGCGGAAGCAUCGGAAGAGAUGUGAGGGAAAGAUGGAAACCUGUAGGCUCUGCCAAGAGAAAUUUCCAUCCUUCAGGCAGUUGGCUCACCAUGCAGAAAUCUUUCACAAUGAAAAGAUGAAUAACAUUGGCAAGGAUAGUGGAGAAAUCAAUGAAACCAACAUUGAUCAGGCAGUUUCUGAAACUGAAAAUACUGAUCUUCAAGAUGGAAAUGCUCAAGAUGAGAAAGUUGCAGUCCAACAUGUUCAAGAUGAUGAACAUGUAGUCCACAGUGCUGAAGGUCAUCACACUUCAGAUAAAAAAAAUUCAGAUUCUAUGUUGGCAGAACAGGAUUUGUUACAGCAUGAUACCAGUCUAGAAAUUAAAUCAGAAAGUAGACAUGUCAAGGAUGAAAUCGGAAAAACAACUUACCAAAAUGAGCGUACUGUUUCUGAAGGACCUGGCAGGAUGGAAGAGCCUACGGAUGCUAUGGAAGCAAAAGCCAGUCCUUCAGAAUACGGUGGUGUGAUUCUGUGUAAAAUCUGUGGAAAAGAACUACCAAUGUCACAUAGAUAUCAUGGACGAGCGUGCAAGGAAAUUCCAGAAUACUGCAAGACUUGCUCAAAAACAAGAACAAAGAGAAUGUCCUCUCGAAGCAUAGGAUCUGAGAAAGAGAAAGAGCCGGGCCAGAAAAGAACUUUGCCCAUAUCGGACAGCACAUCAGAAGAGGACACAUGUGAGAGUAUAACCACGGAACCAUUAGAAAAGAAGCGCAAGAAGGGUCAAACUGAUGGUGAGACAUGUGAUGCUUGUGGGAAGUGGUUCAAGAACUUCUCAAAACUUGAAAAGCAUGCUGGAAAGUGUGAUGGUGUAAAGAAGCAAAAGGACAGAGGGGUUUGUCAAGAUUCUCCAAAUCCAGAUGAUGAAAUUAAAAUGAACUGGAAGUCUUGGGAUCAUGAGGUCAAAUGUGACAGGACUUGCUCAAAAAAAGAAAGUACAAAAAAAAUGCCAUCUCAGAGCUUCGCAUCUGAGACAAAGAAAGAGCCAGUUAAGAAAAGAACUUCGCCCCUAUCUGAUAGCCCAUCAAAAGAUGACACAUUUGAUAAUAAAAUCAUUGAACCAUUAAAAAAGAAGCAUAAGAAGGAUCAAACUGAUGGAGAGACAAGCGGUGCUUGUGGAAAGUGGUUUAAGAACUUUUCUAAACUCGAAAAGCAUGCUGGAAACUGUGAUGGCGUAAAGAAGCAAAAGGACAAAGGGAUUUGUCAAGAUUUUCCGAAAAGAGGUGAUGAAAUUAACUUGAAAUGUUUAUCUGGGGGUCUUGGGGUCAAAGAUCACAAAAUGAAAUCUCAGAGCUUAGCAUCUGAGACAAAUAAGGAGCCAGUCAAGAAAAGAAUUUUGCCCCUAUCCGACAGCACAUCAAAAGACUACACAUUUGAUAAAACCACAGAUGGCGAGAUAUGUGGGGCUUGUGGAAAGUGGUUCAAGAAUUUCUCAAAACUCGAAAAGCAUGCUGGAAAGUGUGAUGGCGUAAAGAAUAAAAAGGACAGAGGAAUUUGUCAAGAUUCUCCAAAACGAAGUGAUGAAAUAAACCUGAACUGGAAAUAUCCUACAACACAUCAGUGUCCUAAUUGUAAACGAAUGUUUUCAAAGGAGAAGAGGUUAAAAAAACAUGUGAAAACUUGUCUGUGGAUUCCAGAAAGCACUUCUUCGGAACCAAGUGUACGCUCAAAUGCUCCAGUUGAUGACGUAUCAGAUCAAGAAGAUGAGCUUUUAUUGACUGCCUUGGAAAAUACUGAUGAUGCUGGUGCCAGAGAUGCAGUUAGGUUUACCAAUGCUGAUGGUGUUGAUAAUUCAUUGGUUUCCUCACCUAUUGAAUCGGUGGAAACACCUAUUGAGGACAACAGUAUAGAAUCUGUGUUUGCUGCCGAAAUUAACCAGCUGACUAUGAACAAAGAAGAGUCUGAUCAAAGUACAUGUGACGUAGCUGUUGGAGAAUAUAAGCAGGAGUUAGUUAAGAUGAAAGUGCCUGAUAAAAGUAGCUGUGACAUGGUAGAUGCAGAAGUUUAUCAAGAACAAGUAGACAGAGGAGAACCUAGUCAAAGUAAAUCUGUAACAGAAGCUAAAUGUAACCCAGAGACAAUGGUCAGCGAAGAUUCUGAUGACAGUUCUCAUGGAUUACCUGUUACCAAAGUUAAUCAGGAGACAAUGGACAGUGGAAAAUCCAAAGACACAGAAAUUUACCAGCAUGCUUUGAACAGUGGAAAACCCAUUGGAAAUGAAAUUAACCAGGUUUUGGACAGUGGAAAGUCCAAAGAAACAGAAGUUAACCAGGAGGCUUUGGACAGAAAGAAGUCCAAUGAAACAGAAGUUGACCAGGAGACUUUGGACAGAGAGAAUUCCAAUGAUACAGAAGUAGAUCAGGAGGAUUUGGACAGAGAGAAGUCCAAUGAAACAAAAUUUAAACAGGAUUGCUUCAACCGAGAGAAGUUCAAAGAAACAGAAGUUAACCAAGAGGCUUUGGACGGAGAGAAAUUCAAAGAAAUAGACGUUGACCAGGAGGCUUUGAACAGAGGGAAGUCCAAGGAAACAGAAGUUAACCAGGAGGAUUUGGACAGAGAGAAGUCCAAAGAAACAGAAGUUAACCAGGAGGAUUUGGACAGAGAGAAGUCCAAAGAAACAGCAGUUAACCAGGAAGCUUCAGACAGGGGGCAGUCCAAAGAAACAGAAGUUAAACGGGAGGCUUUGGACAGAGAAAAGUCCAAAGAAACAGAAAUCAACCAGGAGGUUUCGCUUAUGGAAAAGUCCAAAGAAACAGAAAAGGCUUUUGACAGAGGGGAGUCCAAGGAAACAGAAGUUAACCAGGAGGAUUCGGACAGAGAGAAGUCCAAAGAAAAAGAAGUUGACCAGGAGGCUUUGGACAGAGAGAAGUCCAAAGAAACAGAAGAGGCUUUGGACAGAGGGAAGACCAAAGAAACGGUUAACCAGGAGGCUUUGGACAGAGAUAAUUCCAAAGAAAUAGAAGCUGGCCAGAGGACUUUUGACAGAGAGAAUUCCAAAGAAACGGAAAUUAACCAGGAGGCUUUCGACAGACAGAAGUCCAUGGAAUCGGAAAGUAUACAGGAUAUUUCCACAAUGCGUGCUACCAAUCGAGUUGUGUCAUCCCACAAGGACAGAUCACCAGUCGCAGAGACUAACAUAAAUCUUGUACAAAACGCUUUUGUUACAUCUUGCGUCCCAGAGACCUCAUCAGGGGGUGAAGAGUUGCCUGCAGAAUCAAGUAGUGAAUGUGAUAUUGCAAAAUCUGUAGGACAGGGUUAUAAGGGGGAAAUGUCAAACUAUGAUGGAGACUUAAUCGCUGAUCCUUCACCAGCAUCGAAACAACUCAUUAAUUGUAGAAGUGAGAUAGUGAACUCUGUAUCUGAACCUACCAAGGCAGUUCUUGGUCCAGAUGCAAGAGGUACAAGAGACACUUCAUCAGAUAAAAUUAUUCAGGAACACUCAUCAGAAGGGGAUUGUUCGCAAUUGUCCUCCAGAGAAGCAAUGACACCAGACCACUUGCCAUCUGGUGGUUGUCCCAUGACAAAUUCACCAUUGUUAAAGGCUAACAAAAACACUGAGAUGGACAUCUCUGAUUCUGCAUGCUGCAUAGCUGAGGAAACGGGAUGCCUAGAGGCUGAUUUAUCUUCUCCAUCAGCAGGAGCAGAUGUAAAGAAGGACUCUUAUUUGGCAGAGGAAUCCAAAUCUGCUUGUCCAGAGGUUAACAAGGGGAAACACACUAACCUAAGAGAAGUACUGGUCAUCACAGAGUCUGUAGAUCAAAGUGUUAAUAAUUCAGCAGAACCUGAGCAGGCAUCAGGAGCUGAUGAUACAGAAUUCCUUUCUGUGGUUGAUGUAGCUGCUGGACAGCUACUUAGAAAAUCUUUAGAUGAUGAUGAUAACACAAUUAGUUCUGGUUCUCAGACAUCUUCAAAUUUGAUGGACAUCGACACUUCUCAAGGAAUGUCAUCAAAUGCCCCCGCACAUCAAGAGCCUGCCCAAACGUCAUCCCAAGACAGUUCAGGGAAUACUACCAAGGGAUCCAUUGAAGUUAUUACUGAUAUCGAAGAGAAGGGCCACUUCUCUGGGCUUCAGGAUAAGAGCAUUACAGGUUCACCAUUGAAGGUUGAAUACACCAUGGGUUUAGAAGCUGUCGAUACUAUUUCUCUAGAAUGUGAAACCAUCCCUGGACAUCACUGUGUCUAUUGUGCUGCGCAAUUUCCUUCCAGGAAUGACCUUUGGAACCAUGCGAGAGGCUGCCGCGACAACCAUCUUAUGUUAAUAGCUAAUCGGGUUGCUGGAGAAUCCAAACCCGGCCUUGUGAUUGAACCUGUAGUCUUGGAAAAGGUGCCCUGGCAGGUACACAACGAUUACACCAAAAAAGAGGCUAUGGUUAUGAGGACUGAGAUUGGAAUCGACCUUAAUUGUGUCCUACCUGCUGUUGGUUAUAAACAUCCGCCCAACAAACCUCCUAACCCUCAAACUGCCAAACACAAGAAAAGGAAAAAGAAAAAUAAGAUCAAGGAAGAUGUAGAAAAGGAGAAAAAGAGAAUGAUUGAGAGAAAGAAGAGGAGGGAAAGGGAUGUACAACGAGAGAAGAUCCGUGUCCAAGCCAAACUGCAACAACUUGAACAGAAAAAAUUAAAGCGGACAAAAAAUAAUGAACAGGAAUCAUUGAGACGUGAGCUGUGUGAUAGGUCAUUUCAUUCCAUAGAUACGUUUGAAGAACGCAAAAUUGGUCAUGUGACCAUCCCUCAUAAGAAAGCUCUUACUGUAAGUGUUGAGAAACUUAAAAUGGGAGAGAUCGUAGGUAGCGAACAAUUCAAGUCAUCUAGUAAACACUCGGACACUAUCAAGUUAAAAGAAAAGAAAUCUUCAAAAAAGAAACAUUCUAAAAUUCCUGAAAGCAAGUCAGUUGCCAAGAAGAUACUUUCAGUGGAGGAAGACCUAUAUGUGGAUGUUGUAAGUUUAGACGACACAUCAGCUAAUGUGAAAAAUCUUGAUAAAAAUGUACUCAAGAGUACUGGAAAACCUGAUAUCCCUGUAGCUGCAGUUGCAACGCCCAGAACUGCCACUGGGAAUGCGACAGGCACUGAGAAGGUUGUAGAUACGGGGAUCUCACAUGGGAACUCUAAAGCAACGGUGUGGAAGAAGAAUGAAUUUGGUGUGCAAUUUCCUGUUGUUAUUGAGGUAGAGUGUCCAGACUGUCAGAUGAUUUUCAGUCACCAGUCCACAUUGGACAGGCAUAGGAGGCUGCACAGAAAAUAAACCCAUCAUAUGUGUGAUAUUCAGAAUAAAGGUAACUUGAACCAAUAAUUGAAAAGGGAAGAUAAAUGGACAGGAGCUGUGACGGGGAUUUGUGCCCAAAUAUAUUUAUAAAAAGCUUCCCUUCAUUCUUUGCAAAAGAGGUCUUAUUCAUAGUUCCAAUUGUUCAAUCCAGGUUCCUAUUCACCUUACCUGGGUAGAGCUCAGCACAAUGUGGAUCAAUUUCUUGCUGAAGGGAAACGUGCCAUCAUCAUCACCAUCCUUAUCAUUAUUGUCAUCACCAUCAUCAUCUUCGUUAUCACCAUCAUUUCAUUAUUAUCACCAUUGUCAUCAUCUUGAACUUUAAUAUUGUUAUCACUCUCAUAAAUAUCACCAUAAUCAACAACAUCAUCAUCAUCGUUGUCGCCUACAUGCGUACUUAUCAUAACAGUGUCCCCUAAAUCAUUUCAACAUAAAUCAAAGUCCUGUCAAAUUGUCUAUACUAUACAUGGUCACUCUCGAUUUUUCCCAUUCAAAAGUAGGUAAAUUGGUGAUGGCAAUAUUCCAAACCUAUUGACAUGAAGUGUGUAAGUAACAAAUUAUUGUUCUUUAUUUUUCUUUUUUUAUUCAAUAUUUGGAAAUGUUUCAUGAUAUCUCUGAUAAGUGCAAUGUAUAUGGGUUAAAAUAAUUGCGAUCAUUCUCUCUUUUACAAAUGUAUCACCUAUUCAUAGCCAAUCAAAAGUUUUCUGUGAUGUCACUACAUUGAGAAUAAGUUUUGCUGUAAAAAAAAAAAUAUUACAUAACUAAUCACAACUUGGAUUAUAAAGUAAUUUAUUCAUACAUGUAUUAAUACUUUAAUAUUAGAUAAAGAAUCUGAUUGCAGUUAGACUUUAUAGUGUGCAAAAUAAUUUGAAAAUGAAAGCAACCCAAUUGUCAAUAUUACAACUCAUUUGUAUUUUAAGUCUUUGAACACAAAUUACAAUUAGACAAUAAACACAUACUGUAAUCCAUAGACCCCGGUCAAAAGAUAUUUAGAGCACAGUGCUCAAUAGGUCAGGCACAUAAGUCAAAGCCAGGUCUUUCAAACAGGAACCCCACGAGCAACUUUUCAUUACCUAUUCUCACAUUACAUCAUAGACAAAAUAAUAGGAAAUGUGCUAUGAAAAGAUGCAUAAGGCCUUCAUAGCGGGAUUCCUGCCAAAAGACGCAGUCCAGACUUUGACAAGUUGCCUUGAAGUAGGAAAAUUUUGAAUUAUUCCUGAAGUUUAUUCCAAUGUUAAUACAUUAUUUGAAAUUCCUUUUUUAUUGACAUAAGAAAAAAAAUUAAUAUAUUUUUGUCAGGCGCCUCGGUUUUGAAAGUGGGGGGGGGGGCUGAUCAUGUAGAAUUUCAAAAUCAGAUGGUCAUUUUUAUGUGUGUGUUUUUUUGUACACGGUUUUUGACAAAACAGUAGGGGGGCUGAAGCCCACCCAGCCCCCCCUCCCAGUUCCACAACCCCUGUCUAUUACCUUGUCUUUCUCUCUUCAUCUCCAACUGUUUCCCCUUUUCUUACAAUUGACCUAUAUUGUCACUUUUAUUCUCAGUAUUCUUUCUACUUCUGUCUCAUUUUCCUGUUUGAGAGUUCGAAUUUUAAAUGUGUUUGCAGAAUACUACUGUUAUUGUGACACAGAUGAGUGUUUCACGAAGGGCAUAAUACAUAAAUGACUUUACAAAUGACACUUUCUUGUGCUAAAUUAUAUAUCCCUACAUCACUUGGCACCGAAGAACAUGUUCCAGUCGUGCGUAAAAGCCACGCGUAACUUUACGAGCAGCUUUAUGAAUCAAUCACAUCUCUACAGUAUGAUGGUCCUGAAUUCCAUACCAUAUGUACAUCAUGAUUUUUUUGGCCAGUGUCUGUUUUGUCCAACCCAUUGUAAAUCAUCUUGCAAGCAUUUUUUGUAAAUCCUGCAUUUUGUUGUCUGUGUGAACAAGGGCCAUCAGAGCCAUGUGUCGUCAAUUGCAAUAAAAUUAUGGAACUUUGUUCACAUACUUUCCAGAAAGCCUUUUCCACUUGAGUGGAAAUUAUAAAGAAAUAUGACUGAAAAUUUCAUGUUUUUAGAUUUUUUAUAUUUGAUUGAGAAUGUACUUUAUUCUCAAAGGUCAAUAUUCUGAAUUGAAAUAUCCGUGGGCCCAAUCUCACAAUGAGAUACAAAUGAUCCGAUCAACCACAACUAUGGAAAGCCAGCAACGCCAACAUCAAAAAUCCAGUGUUUGCUCAAAAUGUUUUCUAGUUAUUUUAUCAUGACAACUCUGUGUACUACUUCCUCUUCGUCAGUUCCAAAGGAUGUGUAAAUGUCCUGUAGGAGAAAUUAUGACAAUGAUGGAUUCCCAUAUAGUUGAGGUUGAUCAGAUCAAUCAGAACUCUUUGUAAGAUGUGAUCCAGAUUUUGUGAAUGUGGAGACACCUUUCCCGUAAUGUGUAUAUAUAUUCUGUACAUUGAUCAGUAUUUAGCUACUCACUGCCAUUUUCUAAUGACUUGUAGUAUACUUGUAUUUUGAAUUGAAAUGAUUGUCAAAUGUAUCAAUUGAAAUGUGGAAGGUCGGCCGACAAAAGGACGUAAAUCACAUACUUUGCCAUUAUGAGCUUAUGGUACCAAUGAAAAUGUAAUCAGUAAAGCCCUAGAUUCUGAAAACCAUAACACCUAAUGUGGAUUCAACUACCUAUUGCCUAUCACCACAUCUCAAUAUGUUUGUCUGAUAGGUGGUUAUUAACCAUCACAUCUCAAAAUAUCUGUCCUUUCAGUUAAAGGCCUUCUAUUUUUCAUCCUUCUAUAGGCCUAUAUGAUAUGAUUUUAAGAGGAAGGAUAUUCUUCAAAAUAACUAGUCUGAAUAUUUUUCCCCCAAGAAUCAGCAAUCCUUUUUAGUCAACUGAUUCUGACUACCUAUAUAUAUAUUUAAUUCCAACUCUCAACUUAAUAAUAGUUACAUGCAUGGCUUGGGAAAUGAUUAUCAAAUCAUACUAUAUGGGGUAUCAAGAGGAAAAUGAUCUAACAAUUCCCAAACUGUAAAAUAUAUUACCAAAAUAUUCAGUCGCUGUAGUACAUUGGCUGUUUCACUUUCUGCAGUGGCUCCAAUUACCUCUGUGCGCAAAUGGAGAAAAAAAUAAGAAAUUAAUUGAUAAAUCCCCAGAACAUAAUGUACAUUCAUUCCUUUCUAGAUGAAUAACAGCAAUACAUAAAGCUUAUUUUUCAGCUGACUUGGUACAAAUGGCAUACAGUAAUAUGAAUUUUAAUUAUUUCUUUUAUUUUUAUUUCUCAUCUUUUCCCUGUUAUAGUAACAGGAGAAUAAUCAGAUUUGUUGCUGCUCUGUGCCCUGAGUGCUCUCUUAUGUAUUUUGUUUUAUUUUCCCAAAUUGUAUAAAAAUGUUAUGUAAUUGUAAUGCAGUUACAAUGUGGUAUGUAUAAAAUCUGUUGUUUCUUUGUGGAUAGUUUUUUCAUGUUCCAAAGAUGAAAUGUUUCCAUUUAUUUUUAUGUACGUUUUAUGUACAUUUUCCCCAGAUUGAAAUACAAUGCUUGAAUUGAUGUAUAUUCAAUUAAAUGAUUGUAAAACAUGCUUUAAUAUAUAA